GCAAAAAACAGUGACUGGAAGGGUGAGACGGGGGUAGUGGGGCAUUUGUAUGAGGCUGUUGAACAGCAGGGCGACGUUGCUCGUAUGUUCGCCGGUCGAUCGUGUCGGAUCGUUUAUGUUCGUUACUUGUUUUAGGAUUUCAAGCGCGAUUAUGGAAACCCUGUUGGUCUGAUCUACGACGCUCAUGUCCGCAAUGACUCCGAUUACUGAAGUGACAUCCUUGAAUCUACAUGCUUCACGAGCCCUUUAGAGAAGAUCCUGUGCGCGUGUCGUUGCGUUCGGAGACCGGUAUUAUUUCCUCGUCAGGGAUGUAACGCUAAACGGACUUUACUCACACGCACCAAAGGGCCCGAGUGACCCAAGUGUAGCUCUCACCUGGGGGAGGACCAUCACCCCUUCAUUCUUAUCAUCCCUCACCCUUAAGCCCCCACACCGAAGCAGCCAUGGCGCCACGGAAACGCGGGGGCGGAGGGCACGGCACGUCCUUCCUCUUCUGCUGCUUCCAGAGCAAUGACCACCCAGAGAUCACCUACCGCCUGCGGGAGGACUUCGCCUUGCAGGCGUUGGAGCCUGCCCUGCCCAUCCCCAGUUAUGAUGAGCUGGAUGCCAUGUUCUCUGAGCUGGUGGAUGAGCUGGAUCUCACAGAGAAGCACAGAGAGGCCAUGUUUGCCUUACCAGCUGAAAAGAAAUGGCAGAUAUACUGCAGCAAGAAAAAGGAACAAGAGGAGAAUAAAGGUGCUACUAGCUGGCCAGAGUUCUACAUUGACCAGCUUAGUUCAAUGGCAGCUAGGAAGACAGUCUUGGCCUUGGAGAAAGAAGAAGAAGAAGAACGUAACAAGACCAUUGAAAGCCUUAAAACGGCACUACGGACACAACCCAUGAGGUUUGUAACACGUUUCAUUGACCUGGAUGGCCUGACAUGCAUCUUAAACUUCUUGAAGAGUAUGGAUUAUGAGACCACCGAGUGUCAGAUCCACACCUCGCUCAUCGGCUGCAUCAAAGCUCUGAUGAACAACUCUCAGGGCCGUGCCCACGUUCUCUCACACACGGAGAGCAUCAACAUCAUCGCCCAGAGUCUGGCUACCGAGAACAUCAAGACUAAAGUGGCGGUGCUGGAGAUCAUGGGUGCUGUUUGUUUGGUGCCUGGGGGUCACAAGAAGAUUCUAGAGGCCAUGCUGCACUAUCAGAAGUUCGCCUGUGAACGAACGCGGUUUCAGACAUUGCUGAAUGACCUGGACAGAAGUACAGGUCGAUACCGGGAUGAGGUCAGCCUGAAAACAGCCAUUAUGUCCUUCAUCAAUGCAGUGUUAAGCCAGGGAGCUGGUGAAACAAGCCUUGAGUUCCGGAUUCAUUUGCGAUACGAGUUCCUCAUGUUGGGGAUUCAGCCCAUCAUUGACAAACUCAGGUCACAUGAAAACUCCACUUUAGACAGGCACUUGGAUUACUUUGAGAUGCUCAGAAACGACGAUGAACUAACUUUAUCGAAACGCUUUGAGUCUCUUCAUAUAGACACAAAGAGUGCUACACAGGUUUUUGAGCUUGUACGGAAGAAGCUGGCCCACACGGAUGCGUACCCGCAUUUCAUGUCUGUUCUUCACCAUUGCCUGUUUAUGCCACAUAAAAGAAGUGGGAACACAGUGCAGUACUGGCUGUUGUUGGACCGUAUCGUCCAGCAGAUGGUUUUGCAGAACGACAGAGGUCAUGACCCUGAUGUGACCCCGUUAGAAAACUUCAACGUGAAGAAUGUGGUUCGAAUGCUUGUCAACGAAAAUGAGGUCAAACAGUGGAAGGAACAGGCGGAAAAAAUGCGUAAAGACCACCAUGAGCUUCAGCAGAAGAUGGAGAAGAAAGAGCGAGAGUGUGAUGCUAAAACGCAGGAGAAGGAGGAAAUGAUGCAGACGCUCAACAAGAUGAAAGAAAAGUUAGAGAGAGAAAUGGGGGAACAUAAACUGGUCAAACAGCAGGUGGCAGGACUGACGGCCCGACUACAUGACCUCAGCACGAAACAGAUAGCCAGUGUUCCUGGAGGUCCUCCUGUCCCUGGUCCUCCAGGCGGACCUCUCCUGCCCCCUCCACCAGUUGGUAUGAUGCCUCCUCCACCACCCCCUCCACCAGGAUGUGCUAUGAUGCCACCACCUCCACCACCACCCCCUGGUGGUCCUCCACCACCUCCUGGACGGCCUCCUUUUGCCAUGGCUCCGCCUCCACCAGGAGCACCUGUGGGACCGUCCUUGAAGAAGAAAAGCAUUCCUCAGCCGACGAAUCCAUUGAAGUCCUUCAACUGGGCCAAGCUGUCUGAGAGCAAACUCGAGGGCACAGUGUGGGCAGAAGUUGAUGACAGCAAAGUUUUCAAAAUCCUUGACUUGACGGACAUUGAGAAGACUUUCUCUGCAUACCAGAGGCAACAGGACUUCUUUAUGGUCAAUAACACCAAGCAGAAAGAGACUGAGGACGAUGUCCUGAGUUCCAAAAAAGUCAAAGAGCUCUCUGUCAUCGAUGGUCGACGCGCACAGAACUGCAACAUCCUUCUCUCACGAUUGAAACUUUCCAACGAGGAAAUAAAGAGAGCUAUUUUGACUAUGGACGAACAGGAAGAUCUGCCUAAGGACAUGCUGGAGCAGAUGUUGAAGUUUAUCCCGGAGAAGUGUGAUGUGGACCUGCUGGAGGAGCAUAAACACGAGCUGGAUCGCAUGGCAAAGGCAGACCGUUUCCUCUAUGAAAUGAGCAGAAUAAACCAUUAUCAGCAAAGGUUACAGUCUCUGUACUUUAAGAAGAAGUUUGCUGAGAGGAUUUCGGAGAUCAAACCCAAAGUUGAAGCUCUGAGCAAGGCCUCAAAAGAGGUUUUUCACAGCAGGAAUCUCAAGCAGUUGCUGGAGGUGGUGCUGGCGUUCGGCAAUUACAUGAACAAAGGGCAGAGGGGCAAUGCAUACGGCUUCAAAAUCUCCUCACUCAACAAGAUUGCAGACACUAAGUCCAGCAUUGACAAGAAUAUCACUCUUCUACACUACCUGAUCACCAUUCUGGAAAAGAAGUACUCGAAAGUCAUGCUCUUCCCGGAGGAGCUGCAGAAUGUGCCGGAAGCUGCCAAAGUCAACAUGACUGAAAUGGAGAAGGAGAUCAAUAAUCUCCGCAGUGGUUUAAAGAGCGUAGAAAGCGAGUUAGAAUAUCAGAGCAAUAGUCCUCAGCAGUAUGGAGAUAAGUUUGUGUCUGUGGUCAGCCAGUUCAUCACGUUGGCCAGUUUCAGUUUCACUGACGUGGAAGACUCGCUCAACGAGGCUAAAGAACUGUUCUUAAAGGCAGUCAAUCACUUUGGUGAAGAUGCGAGUAAGAUGCAGCCUGAUGAGUUCUUCGGGAUAUUCGACCAGUUCUUGCAGUCCUUUGCAGAAGCCCGUCAGGAGAACGAGAACAUUCGAAAACGCAAAGAGGAGGAGGAGCGCAGGGCACGCAUGGAGGCUCAGCUCAAAGAACAGAGAGAAAAGGAGAGAAAGGCCCGAAAAGCCAAAGAGAAUGGAGAGGACGACGGGGGCGAGUUUGACGACCUGGUGUCUGCUUUGCGUUCCGCAGAGGUUUUCGAUAAAGACCUGUCAAAGAUGAAACGCAACCGCAAGCGCAUCAACAGCUCGACGUCAGACACCGGCAGGGAGCGUCCCAUAACCAAGCUUAACUUCUGAACAGCCGCUGAGUUUAAGUACAGAGAGAGAUUAUCAGGAUCCACUUCAUUACAACCAACCAUCAUGAUGAAUGUCUGGGGAAAUCCUCACAUCAAACACAGUACUGGCCAGAGAAAGCGUGUUUACCCAAAGACAGUCAUUUUAUCAUGAGCUUCAAGUCACUGAUGGAGGACCUGUUUGGAAGCAGAGAGAAAGGACUCCAAUAUAUUAAGAACAUGGCUGCCAAAUGAACCUAAUUUAAUGAGAAACUUUGUAAAGAGUGCUGGAGCGUGUUUCCUCGGUGCUGGAGCCACCAGGAAUCACAAGACUGUAUCCGGUUAAAUGGGAUUUUAACCAAAUAUUAAGAUGAAAGAUUUUACCCACCCCUUUUACCUUACUGGAACGAAACAAAGCGCCAAUAUUACAACACUGACUUCAGCAUGCCAAACGUCACAAUGAACUCUUCCACUUCUAGCUUUUGAUGCAUUAAGGUCGGAAUGGAUAUUUUAAAAAGGCUUAUACCACGGGGCUUGAAUGCUUCAAUCUGAUUGGUCUAUGGGAAUACUUUCAGUAAAUGCACAACUAUUAAUGUGUUCCAGGUCUGCUGACAGCCCCACAUCACUUGGCCCAGUUUAAACAGAAAGGUUAUAGUGUAGCCUACAGGCCAUUACCGAACACAGCACCCUGAUCUUCAUCUGACGUAUGUCAGACUUUACUGUUAAUUAUUAGCGUGUGCAAUAAUAAACAAAGCAUUUCAAAAACUAUACAGAAAUACAUUUACUGAAAUCAAAUCAAUAAAACAACUCAAUUGAAAACCAAAAUGCAUUAAUAAACCCUGAUAGCCUGGUUCGUUUUCCUCUUCAUGAUGCUUACAACUGAUAACGAAUAUAAUUUGACCUACUCUUUCAAACCAUGCGUGAUUCUUUUACUGCUGAUGGUUAAAACAAUACGAGGAAUAAAUCAUUAUUAUCACCGUCUUUUCUGUCGCAUGUCUCGUUUCGGAAGGCUGCGUCCUCCGGAGGUCUCGUUAUAAAAGCAGGGAGGACACUCCGUAUGCACCCUUCUAACGCGACCUACUUUCACGAGAAUUCGGAGGACACAUGAACAGUAUCCUUCCUUCCUAAAGAUAACCCACAAUUCUUUGCGUCGGCCAACGUCUGUUAUUUGAAUAAUCGACUGCACCUUCAAUCCAAUAUGUGGUGUUUAAAUGUUAACAGUUUACUAUUUGUGUCACGAUUUUUAAACUUAGCAGGCAUAUAAACAGGUUGUCAUUUUUUAACGUUUAAAAACAGACAUUUUUUUAUAGUUCUUGAGCUCUUUUGGCAUUGUAUAGGGUAGAAAGUGACCAACUUUUUACCUCUUAAAUCGUGUAGAAAUCAUUUGAACCAAUCUGACGGGUGUGUGAGUGCAACGUGUUGUCAUAGCAACGCGGUACUUCCGGUUUCCUUUUCUGCAAGUAUGUCCUACGAAGGACCACUCCUUUGAAUACUCCUAUAGCGCAUAGGAGGAUACCUCUGGAGGACGCAAGGACGCAGUCUUGCGAAACGAGACACAAGCUUCCGAGUCCGUUCGCUAAACAAAGUAGUACUAUCAACAGCAUUUUAGAGACGAUAACAUGAUAAACGUUGAAAUUAAACAUUGAACAAUGUCCUGUGGAGUGGUACCCGUGGUAUAAGCAGAAUAAUUGACUCCGUUCAAUUAUUCGAAAGUAAUGCACGCCCGAGGUGUAACGGCCACGGCGGUGUGCAUUAACUUUCAGUAACGGCCCGUCGUCAUUUGUUCCUUACAUAAUGUCAAGUGGAAAUAUGUUACACUUUUGUAAAUAUGUCACUGAAUACUUGUUAUGCGACUGCGCUACAAGGGUCCUGAAAAUACACAUUAUUUUACUUACAUUCAUAUUUUACUGACGUCAAGAACCAGGUCUGCGGGUAGCUCAUUGCAGAAAAGCCCUUAUAGAAGAUGACUGUUUGUUAUAUGCUGUACAAGCGAAUUGGAAAUGACUUUUUAAGGUUUUUAGGGGCCACCGCGGGUCCCCGUGUUGUCUUAAACACUGUGGACGGUCAUUGUACAGAUUCUAUGCAGUUUCUGAUGUCAAGUGCUGGUCUGUUUGAGGACUUUUCACGUGAAAUAUAGUCGUAUUUAAAGUGAUCUGCAAGUAACUGAAUCAAGGCAAUACUUCCCCUCUUGUUCUUCCUUUCUGUCUUGAGUCCCUCCAGGCUUUUUGUAAUCUGCAAACUAGUUGUAAGGUGUGACAGAGUUUCCUUUUUCAGUGUAAAUACCUCGAUUGGACUUUUCUAAUUUAAGAAAAACACAGCCUUCCAUUGGGAGAGGAAUCUUAACAGAAUAAAUGGAUGAGUUAAGUUAUUUUUGCUUCUGUUUUUGCCUUCAUUUUCAGUUGACAAAGCGCUGAUUUAAAUAACCCCUUAUUUGAUGGUUAUGUAACUAACAUGAUGAAGAAAUGUUUUAUUAAAACGCAUGUGUUCACAGA